AUGUCUGAAGAAGAAUUACGUCAACAAAUAGAUAAUGUCAAAGAAUCAAUCGAAAAAAUAAAACGAGAAAGCAAAGAAAACGAAAGAGAACUUGUAGAACAAACACAAAUCCUUGAAGAUGAGAAAAAAGAACUUAUAGAAGGAAUUAAGGCUAGAAUGCAACUUAUUGAUAUGCUUAAAAGAGAUAUUUAUCGCGUUGCUUAUGAACAAUCCCUUAAAGUUACAGAUAUUGAACAUUCAAAACCAACUACUGCAUAA